UGUUGCACUGCUCUUGCUUUGGAUGAACCAUGGAAUGUCAACGGUAACAUGCAGCAUUAAAGGAAACAUUUUACAUUUUGUAGUCUUGUACCAUUAAGUGGACAUCUAAAAAGCAAAAUUCCUAAAAAAAAAAAAAAUGGCUCGUGUGGUUAAAGUGUUUCGGACUCUAAGGAAUAACUGGAAAAAGUCCACAUUUGCUGUGUGUCUGCUGUCAUAUGGGGGACACUGGCUGUAUGGAAAGCACUGUGACAGUAUACUACGACGGGAAGCUUGUUUAGAGGCCAGGGAGUUUGGUCGACAAUUAAUUGGACCUCAGGAGAAUUUGAAGAAAGCCACUGUAAUUCUUAAUCCUGCUGCCUGUAAAGGGAAAGCAAAUAGUUUGUUUGAGAAGAAUGCAGCUCCAAUUUUACACUUGGCUGGUGUGGAGAUUAAAAUUGUGAAGACGGAUUAUGAAGGCCAGGCAAAAAAGCUGAUGGAAUUAAUGGAUCAAACAGAUAUGCUGAUUAUUGCUGGUGGUGAUGGGACAUUACAAGAGGUAAUAACUGGCCUACUUCGCAGAGUUGAUGAGGAGACCUUCAGUAAAAUACCAAUUGGUUUUAUUCCUCUGGGUUCCAGUAACACCCUGAGUCAAAGCCUCCAUUUAGUUUCAGACAACAAAGUGCAACACAUUACAACAGCAACUCUGUCAAUACUUAAAGGCGAAACGGUCCCACUGGAUGUUCUGCAGAUAAAGGGUGAAAAGGAGCAGCCAGUGUUUGCCCUGUCAAGUUUACGCUGGGGUGCAUUUAGAGAUGUUGCUUCUAGUAUCAGCAAAUAUUGGUAUCUUGGACCCUUAAAAACAAGGGCAGCACACUUGUUUAGUACACUUAAGGAGUGGCCACAGAUUCACCAGGCCUCCCUGUCCUAUUUGGGUCCUGUCCCACGACCACCUGACCUGCCUGCUGAGAAACCGUCCCGGCCCAACCUGUUCUACCGCAUCCAUCGCAGACUCAAGAAUUAUUGGAAUCCACCUAUAGAAGAGACACCAAAAGAGCCAGAGCCUGAGAGAUGGGAGAACAAAGAGAUCUCCACAGUGGAGCUGUCAGUUUGCACACACAAUAAAAACCCUGUUAUAAAACGUGUGAAUGAUUCCAUGCUGAUAACUCUGGAGACAGACAGCCUUACCGUUGGCCAGUUUAUCACAGAGGGAACCAAGAAAGCUGUGGACCCAAUGCAGUCUACAGAAAAUGCUUUGCAGCUAGAAGCGAGUGCUGCCUCUCUCAAUCUCCAAAAGGAGGGCACCGGCUUUUAUGACAUUGACAAUGAGGAAUAUGAGGCAAUGUCUGUGGAAGUAAGACUGCUGCCUCGGAAACUGAGGUUCUUUUGCAAUGCAGAGCGUAAAGAACAGCUUGCACAGGCUUUAUGAGGACAGUUAUGUAAACAUGUGGACAGUAUGAAGACUGUUGAACCUUUGAGAUUAAGACACUGUCCAGUUUAAGUACGACAAGAGAAAAACUGGAUAACACAGUUGAGCCAAGUAACUUUAAAGGGAUAUUCACCCAAAAAUUAAAAUUCUGUCUUUAUUUUACUCAUCCUCAAGUUGCUCAAUACCUGUAUGCAUUUCUUUGUUCUGCUAAACACACACAAAAAAAGAUAUUUUAAAGAAUGUUUGAAACCAAGCAGAUUUGGGGCACCGUUGACUUCUAUAGUAGGAAAAAAAGAAUACUAUAGAAGUGAAUGGUGCCCCAGAUCUGUUUGGUUAAUAAAAUGUAUCUAAAUGUUUUGGAUGAACUUUAAGGUGUCAUAAAGGGUUGACUAUACAUGUGUCAUCAUACUUUGAUGAAAAAAACAUUUGUUCUUCAUUCUUUAUUGAUAGUCUUAAGGCUUUUAAAUGUGUUAAGGUAAUGUUUUACCUCACAAAAAGUGUGUUCUGAAAAUUGGUACAUGCAAAUGGUUUGUAAACUGAGAAAUGUCUAAACAGAGUGGAUGGGGAAAAAACUUUACUUUUAAUUUAUAGCAGACAUAAAGAAAAUCCAGACUGGUUUACAUUAAUGUAUAUGUAACGUUAUGUUAUCAUGAAAGUGCAAAAACAGCACUGCAGCCUGUCAUGAAAACCUAAAAAUAUAACAUUUUUGUAAUUGUCUGGCCAGAGAAGACCAAAAUAAAUGUCAUCAUCAUU